UAAGGUCAAAACAUAAGCUCAAUAACUGAUAACUGCAUUACAUUGUCCAUACAUGUGAAUAUCUAUGAUAAAUAUUUUGAUUCUCUACUACUGUUAAGGAUUCGAAAUUUUGGAAAAUAUUGUAAUCACAAGAUACAAUUUAUCUUUUAUUUGAAUUAUUAUUACUUAUCGGAUUAUUUGAAUUAUUGUGUAUAAUGUCAUAACCUCUUGAUCACAUUACUGUUAUUUGUAAAUUAUCUUUUUACUUAAAGAAGUUCCUAUUAUUAUGGAUAAUUCCAAGGAUCUAUCUACUAAAGCAGCUCUUGUAGAGCGUAAUGUUCAACCACAAGGUAUUCUGUUGAAUAAUCCAGAAGCUGUGGGCAAUGUAUCUCAACAAGAUUUAAUUGCAUUGGCAACAGAAAUAGAAAAGGCAGACAACUUUGUUAAAUUAAAUGCCUGCAACAAAUUGCAAAUUAUUGUGGAUCAAAUAAGAUAUCUGAAGACACAGGCUGAAAACAUUCUUACAGAAGCUGAUUGGAACAUGAAAUUACAUCAUGUUCCUUGUAAUUUUGUGAAACGUCCCGGACAUAUAUAUCAUUUGUAUCAAAAAGAAACUGGCCAGCUUUACUUUUCCAUGAUUAGUCCACAAGAAUGGGUUGCAUCAAAGUUGCGUGUAGUUCAAAUUUACAAGGGUUCCUAUAGAUUAGAGCAUGAUCAAUCAUGGACACCUCUUGAAGAAACUGAUAAGAAGAACAAGGACACGGCGCUGUUGGCUGAACUUUGUUCCAACAUUCCAAGAAAUAUUUCCAAAAGCAUGGACUCAAUGUAACUAUGUAACUAUGUAAAAAUAUAGCUGUAGUAUAUUUGUAUAUAUAUUUAAAUGUAAAUGUAUUUUUAACUGAAA